UCAGCGGGUUCGCGUUGGAUCUCGCGCCAUAUUAGUUUGUGUGGCGGCGCGCUCCAGAGCAGGGAGGCAGACGCGAGAGAGGCAGGAGCAGGACGCUCUAAUUAGUCGACGAUAUUUAAAUAAAAAAAUUUAAAAAAUAAAAUAAUAAUAAUAAUAAAUAUUAUUUAAACAUUAAAUUAUAUUUAAAAAAAUAUAUAUUAACGGGGGUGGAUGACUAAAAUAAAAAAAAAAGCCCAAUAAUUUUUCCUUUUUUUUGUUGUUGUUGGUUUUAAUAAAUAAAAAUACGUAACGCCGAGUAUAUACAUACGGGCGACAUUUAUAUAUAAGGGCGCCGCCGCUCUCUCUGUCAUUCUAGUUCCUGGAAGAUACCUGUAAAAAAAAAAAGAUAAAGAUUGUAAUAUAUAAAUAGGUUAUAGAGGGGCAAGCUCGGAAGUAUCGUAAGCAGUGUUUUUGGGACCAGCGCUGCUUGUGCUAUGGCGGUAAACUUGGACAAAGAGGCCUAUUAUCGGAGGAUCAAGCGGCUGUACAGCAAUUGGAAGAAAGAAGAUGAGUUUGGGAAGGUGGAUGCCCUGGUGGUGUCGGUGGGGGUGGAUGAAGAAAUCGUCUACGCGAAAUCCACGGCUCUGCAGACCUGGCUGUUCGGGUACGAGCUGACUGACACCAUCAUGAUCUUCUGCGAGUCGAAGAUCGUCUUCAUGGCCAGCAAGAAGAAGGUGGAGUUCCUGAAGCAGAUCGCCAACACCAAGGGCAGCGAGAACGCCAACGGGGUGCCGCCCAUCACACUGCUCAUCAGGGAAAAGAACGAGAGCAACAAAGGCAACUUUGACAAGAUGGUGGAGGCGAUCAAAGGCAGCAAGGAAGGGAAGACCAUUGGGGUGUUCAGCAAAGACAAGUUCCCGGGAGACUUCAUGAAGAGCUGGAACGACGCUCUUAACAAAGAGGGGUUAGAGAAGGUGGAUAUCAGUGCAGCAGUGGCCUACACCAUCGCAGUGAAGGAGGACGGGGAGCUCGGCUUCAUGAAGAAAGCAGCCAGCAUCACCUCCGAGGUGUUCAACAAGUUCUUCAAGGAGAGGGUGAUGGAGAUCGUGGAUGCAGAUGAGAAAGUGCGUCACAGCAAGCUGGCGGAGUCGGUGGAGAAAGCCAUCGAGGAGAAGAAAUACCUGGCCGGGGCUGACCCCUCCACAGUGGAGAUGUGUUACCCACCCAUCAUACAGAGCGGGGGCAACUACAACCUCAAAUUCAGCGUGGUGAGUGAUAAGAACCACAUGCACUUCGGCGCGAUCACCUGCGCAAUGGGGAUCCGCUACAAGUCGUACUGCUCCAACCUGGUGCGCACGCUCAUGGUGGACCCUCCGCAGGACAUGCAGGACAACUACAGCUUCCUGCUGCAGGUCGAGGAGGAGCUGCUCAAGGAACUGCAACACGGUGUGAAGCUGUGUGAUGUAUACAGCGCAGUGAUGGAAUUUGUCAAGAAAGAAAAGCCAGACUUGCUUGGAAAACUAACCAAGAAUUUGGGGUUUGCGAUGGGUAUUGAGUUCAGAGAAGGAUCGCUCGUGCUGAACAGCAAGAAUCAGUACAAGGUGAAGAAAGGGAUGGUGUUCAGCAUCAACCUGGGAUUGUCGGAGCUGCUCAACAAGGAGGGGAAGAAGGAGGAGCAGAAGAAGUACGCCCUGUUCAUCGGGGACUCCGUGCAGGUCAACGAGGAGGGACCAGCUACUGUGUUGACCCCAGUAAAGAAGAAAAUCAAGAACGUCGGGAUCUUCCUAAAGAAUGAAGAUGAUGAUGAAGAUGAGGAGCAGGACAAGGCUGAAGACCUGCUGGGGAAGCCCCGCGCUGCCCUGCUCACUGAGAGGACCCGGAAUGAGAUGACGGCUGAAGAGAAGAGGCGGGCUCACCAGAGGGAGUUAGCCAAUCACGUGAAUGAAGAGGCCCGGAGGAGACUGACAGAGCAGAAAGGAGAGCAGCAGAUGCAGAAAACCCGCAAGUCCAACGUGUCGUAUAAAAACCCGUCUCAGAUGCCCAAGGAGAAGGAGAUCCGUGAGAUGAAGAUCUUCAUCGACAAGAAGUACGAGACGGUUAUCAUGCCCGUGUUUGGCAUCGCCACGCCGUUCCACAUCGCGACCAUCAAGAACAUCAGCAUGUCUGUGGAGGGAGAUUACACCUACCUGAGAAUCAACUUCUACUGUCCGGGCAGCGCGCUGGGGAGGAACGAGGGCAACCUCUUCCCCAACCCAGAGGCCACCUUCGUCAAGGAGAUCACGUACCGCGCCUCGAAUCUGAAGACCCCGGGGGACCCCUCGGUGCCGGCGACUAACCUUCAGAACGCUUUCCGCAUCAUCAAGGAGGUGCAGAAAAGGUACAAGACCAGGGAGGCGGAGGAGAAGGAGAAGGAGGGCAUCGUGAAGCAGGACUCCCUUGUGGUGCACAUGAACCGCAGCAACCCCAAACUCAAGGACCUCUACAUCCGACCCAACAUCGCCCAGAAGAGGAUGCAGGGCUCCCUGGAGGCACACUCCAAUGGUUUCCGGUUCACGUCGGUGCGCGGUGACAAAGUGGAUAUCCUGUACAACAACAUCAAGCACUCCCUGUUCCAGCCCUGCGAUGGAGAAAUGAUCAUCGUGCUGCACUUCCACCUCAAGAACGCCAUCAUGUUUGGUAAGAAGAGGCACACGGACGUGCAGUUCUACACUGAAGUGGGGGAGAUCACCACUGACCUGGGCAAGCACCAGCACAUGCACGACCGAGAUGACCUCUACGCAGAGCAGAUGGAGCGAGAGAUGAGACACAAGCUGAAGACGGCCUUCAAGAACUUCAUUGAGAAGGUGGAGGCCCUGACGAAAGAGGAGCUGGAAUUCGAGCUGCCUUUCAGAGACCUGGGGUUCAGUGGAGCCCCCUACAGGAGUACUUGCUUACUGCAGCCCACCAGCAGUGCACUGUGCAACGUUACUGAGUGGCCCCCCUUUGUGGUUACAUUAGACGAGGUGGAGCUCAUUCACUUUGAGAGGGUGCAGUUCCACUUGAAGAAUUUUGAUGUUGUGAUCGUGUACAAGGACUACAGCAAGAAGGUGACGAUGAUCAACGCUGUGCCCGUCAACUCCCUGGAUCCCAUCAAGGAGUGGCUCAACUCCUGUGACAUCAAGUACACUGAAGGGGUGCAGUCCCUGAACUGGACCAAGAUCAUGAAGACCAUCGUGGACGACCCCGAGGGCUUCUUCGAGCAGGGGGGCUGGUCUUUCCUGGACCCUGAGGGAGAGGGCAGCGGAGCUGAGAACCAGGACUCUGAGUCGGAGGUAGAGGACGAGACCUUCAACCCUUCAGACGAGGAGGAGGAAGAGGAGGAGGAGGACAGUGAUGAGGACUACGACUCUGAGACGGAGGAUAGCAAUUACAGCGAGUCUCUGGCCAGUGAUGAGGAGAGUGGUAAAGAUUGGGAUGAGCUGGAAGAGGAGGCCAGGAAAGCGGACCGGGAGAGCCGCUAUGAGGAGGUGGUGGAGGAGCCUGCCAGUCGCAAGAGGAAAGGCCAUUCUGCACCCUCAUCCUCCAGCAAGAAGAGGAAGAAAUAGAGAUGCAGCCCAGGGUUCAGUCCACCUUCAAUUCACAUUCACACCAGAUUUAUAUGAAAACGCAAUCCUGGAUUCGAUCCACAUUCAAACCAGAUCCAAACCCAUCACGGACACAGCCGCCUGUCCAGUUAAUAUUUUUCUGUUUUUCACAACCGACUGAAAAACAAAAACUACAACAAGAAGCGACACUUUUCCUGCCCCGACAGCGCUUUCCCUGUACAGAAUGAGAGUGGAGGAGGACAGAGGGCACCGCUCUCACAAUAAAUACAUAAAUAACAAGAACAAUGAUGGGAAAGACAGGAAAAACUAUUUUAGUAUUGCUGCAUAUUCUGCUGUAUUUGGAUGUUUUAUAGGUAUGGACUAAAAGUUCCUGCCUGUGCCUUGAUCAGUGUAAUUAGCUUUCACAUUUUUUGUUGAUGAAUGAAUGCAUUAGGAAGGAGGAAAUGUUCAUAUAAUACACAACUAAAUCUUUUUUUGUUUGUUUUGAUGUACAUUUAGCUCUAGCCCUGCUUUCUCCGUUUUGUAACUCUUCCUACUGUGUGUGUUAUAAAAACUUGUGACUAAUGAAGGCAUUGGCUGAAGCGCUUGCUCGAUUUCACGACCAAGGUGAGUUUGAGUUGUUGGGGUGUUUUUUUUUUUUUUUAAAUAUACAGAAGUAAUGGACGGGGGAGAAUUAACCUACAAUGUGUCUUGCACACAGAUAUUAUACUAUCAACUGUUACUUUUUUUUUUUUUUAUAUAUAUAUAUAUAAGAUAAAUGUUUUUCUCCUUGUUCUCUUGUGCUCUGGGGAUGAGACUUGUGGGUCUGUUUUUGAUGUUUUCUGCAGAUAAAUCUUGAUAUUUGGGAGUUUUCCCUCCCUGCCUGCGCCUCUGUCUCUCGCAAGAGAAACUUGUGUUUUUUUUCUUGAUUUUUGUUUUCUCUCUUGAAACAAACUAAGAUUUGAAUAAAUUCAGAAAAUCUUUUUACACAACAGA